GGCACCUUUAAUAAUAAUCAUAGACUACAAAUGAUUUUUCAAACUGAUUUUUCAAAAAUGCUUCUUUUAGGAAAGCUCCAUCUAACAAUCAUAAAAAUGAUCUUUCUUCUAGCCUGGUCAUCCUACGCCCCUUCCCUUAGAGGUUGCCCUAACAAUGCUUGCUAACAAGGGCCCUAGCGUUCCACAGAUAGUUCAGUUGCUGGAGUGGCAGGACCAGCUCGGCUUCUACAUCAUAGUCUUGGAACGCCCCUCACCCUGCGAGGAUCUGUUUGAUUUCCUGCAGCACCACGGAGGCAUCCUCAGUGAGAACGUAGCACGACUUAUCAUGUGGCAGGUAGUGCAGGCCGCUCACAUGUGCUGUCGCCGUGGAGUGCUCCACCGGGAUAUCAAACUAGAGAACCUGCUGGUCAACAAGGACACGCUUGAAGUCAAACUUAUUGACUUCGGGUGCGGGGACCUCCUAAAAACUUCUGCCUAUAAGACAUUCUGGGGCACACAAAUGUACUGCCCUCCUGAGUUUGACAAGAGUGGCAAGUACCAUGGGAAACCCGCAACUGUAUGGUCGUUGGGAGUGCUCAUGUUCGAGUUGUUGUGCGGAGACCCUCCAGACAGAAACGAUCUGGACAUGAUUGAUGCCGACAACUGGUCUAAACCUGGAUUGUCAAAAGAAUGCUGCCGUUUGAUUCAUUCUUGCCUGAAGCAGAAGCCAAAGAAGCGGCUUGGUUUGGGGAAAAUCAUUCUUCAUAACUGGUUUGAGGCCACCAAAUAAGACACUACGGCGAGGGGAUCAUUCUCCAUUGCUGGUUUGAGGUACUAAGUUUCUAAAAAAUUUUGUGAAUUGUUUUUAUACAAUAUGUUUUGUAUACAAUUCUAGUGACCAGUUACACCAUAUCCUAAUAGCAUUUUUCUAUUCUUCUUGUAAUCAAUCAAAAAUCUCUUUUCUUCAGGCACAGAACUCACUGUACUGCCCUCCUGAUGUUGAAACAAGUAGCAAGUACCGUGGGACACCUGCAAGUACGGUCGCUGGUUUGAAUUGGUGCGCAGAGACCCUCCAAGAGAGCAACGAUGGACGUGAUGGGCCUCUGGGACCGGAUUCACGAAACAUUCUUAAGAAUGAAAUUCUUCUUAAUUUCCAA